AUGACCGUCCGGUCGCUUUUCUCUAGAGAGACGGACCACCAUGUCGCGGCGCAGCACGCGCCCAUCGACACCGGGAACGCCACCACGUUCGAGUUGGAGAAGCGGGACGGCACGAAAUAUGUGUUUAUGCACCACAUCGUAGGAAGUAACUACUCGUACACCCAGGGUGACUGGCAGACCGACUUUGCCAACAUCCAAGCCACUGGCGUCGACGCCGUCGCCCUCAACCUCGGCAGUGACUCCUGGCAGCCCGGCCAGAUCGCCUCUGCCUACGCGGCUGCACAGGCCGUCGGCAGCAUCAAGCUCUUCUUCUCCUUCGACUACUCCUCCUUCGCCUGCUCCGUCGACCAGACCGUCUCCCUCGUCAACCAGUAUGCGAACCACCCGAACCAGUUCAAGUACAACAACAAGGUGUUCAUCAGCAGCUUCCUGGGCGGGUGUCUGGGCAACUCCGGGUGGCAGUCGAUCAAGACGCAGACGAACGGUUAUCUUAUGCCGUUCAUCGAAGGCUUGGAGGGUAGUUUCAAUCAGUGGCCCGUUUUGGAUUCGUGGUUCUGCUGGGGAUGUUCGUGGCCACAGGGCGACUAUGACAAAAACACGAGUGACGAUGAUUAUUACUAUAGUCAGCUCGGCUCUACUCCUGGCCGCUACGCUGCCGGUGUCAGCCCAUGGUUCUACACGCACUACAGUUACAAGAACCAGUACUAUCGUGGCGAUGACUGGCUGCUCAACAACCGCUGGGACCAGUUGAUGGCUAUGCGCAGCCGUAUGAACUUCAUCGAGAUCCAGACCUGGAAUGAUUGGGGCGAGUCUCACUACAUGGGCCCCAUUCGCACCACGGACCAGCCGGCCGGCACGAACUGGGUCAACGGCUACCCGCACACGGCGUGGAUGGACAUGAACUUGUACUACAUCCAGGCGUUCAAAUCGGGUGCUUAUCCUGCGGUCACUAGCGACGUCAUCUACUUCUGGGCGAGGCCGCACCCCGCUGGUGCCACCGCGUCUUCUGACAGUCUUGGGAGACCCACGGGCUACGACUGGGCUACCGACGCCAUGUGGGCCGUCGUUUUCUCCACCGGGCAGGCCACCGUCACCAUUCGCUGCGGCAGCUCGUCGAACACGACGACCGUCGGCGCGGGCAUCACGAAGCUACUGACGCCGCUCUCUCCCGGGCAGAUGACGGUGACGAUGGUCCGCAAUUCGCAGACGAUCAUCAAUUAUACGCCGACGGACUAUACGUAUGUGACGAAUCCGGCGACGUAUAACUACAACGCUUGGGUCGGGUCUGCUCGAGCUGUGGUGACCACGCCGACCAGCUCCUCGUCUUCGUCUGGUUCGACGACACCAACCUCUACUUCGUCUUCGGCGUCGUCAACCUCGACGGCGACUGGCUUCACGUCUGUUGGGUGUAUCAACGAGCCGAGUGGUGGGCGUGCGCUCACUGGCGCGUCUUACAACCUCAACAACAUGACGAUCGAGUACUGCAAUACUCUGUGCUCAGGCUUCAAGUACGCGGGUACGGAGUAUGGGAGUGAAUGUUACUGCGGCAACUCGCUUGCCAAUGGCGCGACUACGACUACUGUCGCCGCCUCGCAGUGCUCUUCCACCUGCGCGGGUAACUCUGCGGAGAAGUGUGGUGCGGCGUACAAGUUGAGCUUGUACUACCAGGCGAACAUCCCGACGACGACCUCGAGCCCUGCCGCUCCAUCGACCGUGACGAGCUCGGCGACCUCCUCCGCCACGUCUUCCUCUGCUGCGCCGACGGGCACUGGCUUCGCGCUGGUUGGCUGCAUCAACGAGCCCAGUGGCGGCCGGGCGCUAACGAGCGCGUCGUACAAUCUCGGAAAUAUGACGACGGAGUAUUGUCAGUCGCUGUGUAGGGGAUAUAAGUAUGCUGGGACGGAGUAUGGGAGCGAGUGUUACUGCGGCAACGCGCUCUCCAACGGCGCGACGACCAGCACGGUCGACUCGUCCCAAUGCUCUUCGGCGUGUGCAGGCAACUCGGCGGAGAAGUGUGGCGCGGCGUACAAGUUGAUGCUCUACUACCAGGCCAAUCCGCCGGCGUCGACCAGCGCGGCGCCUACCUCGUCAGCGGCAUCCAGCACGGCCACAACCUCCCGGUCUACCACAGUAUCCUCGACGACGUCGAGUUCUGCGCCGACUUCGACUGCGCGUGGCUUCGCGGCCGUUGGCUGUGUGGCGGAGGCCAGCAGUGGGCGCGCGUUGACGUCGGCGUCAUAUCAGACGAGUAAUAUGACGGUUGAGUAUUGUCAGACGCUCUGUUCGGGGUACCACUAUGCGGGUGUGGAGUAUGGGAAUGAAUGUGCUCCAGGCUACUGCGGCAAUGCCCUAUCCAACGGUGCUACUGGCAACGUACUCGACCCCAGCGUCUGCUCCGUCAAUUGCGCGGGCAAUGCGGCGGAGAAGUGCGGAGCGGCGUAUCGUUUGAACCUCUACUACCAGGCCAACAUUGGUUCCGGGACGACUUCGAGUGUGCCUGCCACGUCCACCACGCCCACGACCACCAGUAGUUCAACUACGCCGAGUUCGACUACGAAGACGUGGAAGACGGUCGGCUGCGUGGCGGAGGCGAGCGGGGCGCGCGCGUUGACGGGCUCGUCGUACACGCAGUCGAAUAUGACGCCGGCGGUGUGUCAGGCGUUGUGUGAUCAGGGGAGCUUUACGAUUUCGGGGACGGAGUAUGGGAACCAAUGCUAUUGUGGCAACGCGUUUUCAAAUGGCGCGACUGGCGCAGUCGUGGCUGCUAGCCAGUGCUCGUCUAAGUGUGCUGGUGACAGCACGCAGACAUGUGGUGGUCCGUACCGCUUGAGCGUUACGCAGAAGUCGUAA